AUGUCUUUUAUAAGAAAAUGGAGAUAUUUUUAUCGGGUCAAUGUAAAAUGGUUAAAAGAAUGGAAAAGGUACACUUUAUAAAAAAUUAUUUAUUUAUUUUACAUAUUUUAAGGGAUAUUAUUUUUGUAGCAUUAAAAAAUAAUAUAAAUAUGUGAAAAUUAUAUAAAUGAUCAAAAAAAUGGACAUACAGUUACAAAAAGUAUAAAAGGAGAUUUAUUUUUUGAAGGAAAUUAUAAACAAGAUGAAAAAAAUGGAUAGGGAAAGUUAAUUAUUUAAGAUAAAUUAUAAUACACAGGUUAAUUUUUAAAUGAUAAAUUUAAUGGAUAAGGCAUAUUAAUUGAUAGUGAUUAAAAUAUUUAUGAAGGCGAAUUUUAAGAGAACUAAAAAAAUGGAAUGGGUAAAUAUAAAACUUAAAUUUCGAAUUAUGUAGGAAAUUUCAAAAAUGAUAAAUAUGAAGGAAAAGGAUAAACUGUUUUUUUAAAAAACAAUGAUUUUUAUUGUGGCGAUUUUAAAAAUGGAAAAAUGCAUGGAUAGGGAGAAUAUUAAAGUAAAAAUUUUAUCUAUAAUGGCGAAUUUAUAUCUGAUUUGUUUAAUGGAUAAGGGACUUAUUAAAACCUAGAAAACAAAAUCAUUUAUUAAGGAACUUUCUCAAAUAAUUGUUUAGAUAGUAGUCAGGAAACCAUUAUUAAAUAUUAAAAUGGAGACGUCUAUAAAGGAUUUGUUAAGAAUUGGAAUAAACAUGGUAAAGGAAUUAUGUGUUUUGCUAAUGGAAAUAUUGCUGAAGGUGAUUUUGUUGAUGAUUUAUUUUAAGAUAGUUAAUAAUGA